GGAGUACAGGCCAAGUUGUCCCUGGACUCCUUGCUGCUGAUGACCAGUGUUCAGGUGAAAGAUGCAAUGCGAAGACUUGGGUCCACUGCAGAAGAAUGUACUAAACUCAGCGCUGCCCUCUCGUGCUUGAAGAAUGCCACUGAAUCAGGAGGAGAACUAAGAGGUGACUGUAUUUCCUGGAUGUCUGAGUCCACCAGGAGGGACAGUGGCUCUCUACUGACUGCGGAUCAGCUAACCAACCUGGGAACUCCCCUUCGCUCCCACAGUCCAUCGCCUCUAGCCCGCCCAUCUACCAUCCAGUCAACACCGUCUACCCCAAGUGCUACCUUUCCCCAUCCUCGCUCGGGCUCAGUCUCAACGGUGCCCACACCGGAGGCGUUCGCAUCCUAUGUCCACAGUGGAAUCCCUUUCACUGAUCCAUUCCCCAUGCCUUUAUAUCGCACAGCCCGGCUGCAGGGACGCACCUCCACGCCACCCAUAACUCCACCCUCGAAAAGGCGUCAUCGACUAAAGCCGCCAUGUACGCCUCCACCUCCGUCUCGCAAGGUGCUGCAUCUGUUUCCCACCAUAUCCCUGACACGCAGCAAAAGCCACGAGUCCCAGCUGGGCAAUCGCAUCGAGGAUCCUCCCACUAACAAGUUUGCUAAAAAGAGCAAGUUAUUCCUAAAUAUGCAUGUCAAUGGGAACGGGUGUGAAGACUCACCUUCUCGUUACCCCGUCAUGUCCGCACGGACCUCCGGAGUUACUCCCGCUCCCGCCACAGCACCUUACACCCUGCCAGGGACGCCCACUCUAAUAGAGGAGCACAGUGUAGUCAAGAACAACGUAGCAGUCCAUCGUAGUUCCCCACAAGCAGUGAGGAGGGACAUAGGCCUAGCAGUCACGCACAGGUUUUCUACCAAGUCCUGGUUGUCUCAGACAUGUCAAGUGUGCCAGAAGAACAUGAUGUUCGGGGUGAAGUGCAAACACUGUCGAUUAAAGUGCCACAACAAAUGCACAAAGGAGGCGCCGUCUUGCAGAAUCUCUUUUCUACCAAUUGCCAAAAUUAGGAGGACCGAGUCAGUUCCUUCUGAUAUUAACAACCCUGUUGACCGGCCACAAGACACUCAACAUUUUGGUACGCUACCAAAGGCCAUCACAAAAAAGGAUCAUCCUCCUGUGAUGAACCAGCUGGACUCCAGCAGCAAUCCGUCCUCCACCACUUCAUCCACACCUUCCUCCCCAGCUCCCUUCCAGCAGAGCAACCCACCCAGCGCCACGCCGCCUCCCAACCCUUCACCCAAAGGCCACAGGGACAACCGCUUCAACUUUCCAGCUGCGUGUUACUUUCAGCACAGACAGCAGUUUAUCUUCCCCGAUGUUUCCAUUCCUGCAAGUUUGUACUCUGAUGUCCUUCAAGACACAGUCAAUGAGAUUGAACCAUCUGCAGAUGAUGUUCAUGCAGAGUUGGUGGAAGAUGAACAUGAAGAGGAAGUUGAGGAGGACGUUGAAGACGAAGACCCUGAAGAGGAGGAGGAGAACGAUGAAGACGAUGAGGGAAACGACAAUGGAGGGGACGAUGAGGAGGACGGGGAGCAUAUGAGGAUGAACAUGGGCUCCGACGGUGAGUGCGACGAGCUGGACGAUCUUCCCUGCACUCGUGGAAACCGCUGGAAAGGCCCCAUCUCCCGCAAGCCCAGCCAGACCAGUGUCUAUCUGCAGGAGUGGGACAUUCCUUUUGAGCAGCUGGAUCUUGGAGAGCUCAUAGGAAAGGGCCGGUGGGGCAGAGUGCACAAAGGUCGUUGGCACGGUGAAGUCGCCAUUCGACUUCUUGAGAUUGACGGAAACAAUCAGGACCAUCUGAAGCUCUUUAAAAAGGAGGUGAUGAACUACAGACAGACCAGACACGAGAAUGUGGUCCUCUUUAUGGGGGCCUGCAUGGCUCCACCUCACUUAGCUAUCAUAACCAGCUUCUGUAAAGGGAGGACAUUGUAUUCAGUGGUUCGGGACAGUAAAAACAAUUUGGAUAUCAAUAAAACGAGACAAAUUGCCCAGGAGAUUGUAAAGGGAAUGGGCUAUCUGCACGCCAAAGGCAUCGUUCACAAAGACCUGAAGUCCAAGAAUGUUUUCCACGAUACCAACAAAGUGGUGAUCACAGAUUUUGGGCUGUUUGGGAUCUCUGGAGUUGUUCAGGAGGGAAGACGUGAGAACAAAUUAAAACUUCCACACGGUUGGAUUUGUUAUCUCGCGCCUGAGAUUGUGCGCAAGAUGAGCCCAGGUAACAACGAGGACCGCCUUCCUUUCUCCACAGCAGCAGAUGUUUACGCCUUUGGAACUAUUUGGUAUGAGCUCCAAGCGAGGGACUGGCCGAUCACGAACCAGCACGUUGAAGCCACCAUCUGGCAGGUUGGAAGCGGAGAGGGUAUUAAGAACGUUUUGGCAGAGAUCAACUUGGGCAAGGAGGUCACAGAGAUCCUCUCUGCUUGCUGGGCGUAUGACCUGAGAGAGAGGCCGACCUUUGUCCACCUGGCCGACAUGCUGGAGAGGCUGCCCAAACUCAACCGCAGGCUGUCCCACCCAGGACACUUCUGGAAGUCUGCAGAGUUGUAGCCAUCACUCUGAAACAUAAGCAAUGCAAAACAAAAGCCCGGGUCUGCCUUGCAUGCUCCUGAAUCCUUAACUCUUACAGGAUCGAUCAAAGCAUCGCCUCCACUUCCACUAAUCCAUCGUCUGAGCUUCCGUGUCUAACCGCUGCGUUUUAUUGUUGAGAGGAGAGGAUCAGUGAAGUGAAAUGUGACGGUGGGGGGACAGCCGCUGUCGUUCCUCCUCGCUUUCCUUUACACGCGUCUAAAAAUCUGCCUUCUUCUUGGUUUUUGCUUCUCUAAUGUCACUUUUGGGACUCGGAGGCUUGUGAAUGGUUUGUGUCUGAGGCUGAAUGGUUCUGUGGGUCCUCUCUCUGCUGCUGGUGUGAUGUUCACACCGGGGUCCUGACCACAAGGCGCCUUCC